AUGCACCAAAAAUUCAAGUUUAGGUGGUGUUGUAGUAAAGUGCCAAUUACAGGUAUCAAUAGCGCCAUAAUUGUGUUCGGCAGGGUUGCCCGCUGGGGCGCGGGGGGCGCGCGGUGCGGCGGCCGGGCAGGUGACCGAGUGGCAGCCCUGGCGGGGACGCAGCCCACCAGCGCGGCGCACGCCCGUCUCCUCGUCAAGGCCGCGAACACGCCGCUCGUAGACAUAUUGUUCCACCGGGUGCCGCUCGGCAAGAUCUACGUAAUAAGUAAACGCGAUCGGGAGACAAUAGGAUUGCGAUUGGACAGCGAGUGCGUGAUUCGCGGGGCGGCGAGCGGCUCCGGGGCGGCGCGCGCCGGCCUCCCGCCCCCCUCUCCCCCCCGCUGGGCGGUCACAGAGGUCAACAACCGCGCCCUCGACCUGCUCAAGGGUGGCGAGGAAGAGGUGAACCGGCUGAGCCUGCACGGUUCAGAGGCGUCCCUGAUAAUCCAGCCGGCGCCCCUGGUGAAGAAGCUGCGAGCUGCCCUCAAGGCGAACAAGUCCUUAUUGCCACUGAGA